ACGUGUCGUAAAUUGGUAGUUGAUGGUGACAAUGAAGCAUUACUUUUAGCAUUUGUAGCCAACAAGUUCAUCGUGAAAACAACAUGAAAAGUUGUCAAUGUUGUUCUUCUUCUUGUUCUCAUCACACUGUCCGUCAAAAAAUCCGAACAAAGCCACCAAAUUUCCCAUAAUCUCAUCAUGGGUCGUCGCCAAAACGACUCAGAUUUCGGUAAAUUCACCCUCCUCAUAUUUUUCAUGAUUGGCGCAAUCUCCUGUUCUGCUGUGUACUUUUUCCUUACCAUGGUCUUCAGACAGAGCAGUACUGAAUCUGUGUCAACAAUGUACGAGGUUUUGGAUGAAAAGAAUGGUUUUGAAGGGAAAUGCUGUAGAGGGGUUGAGCAUUUGGAACUAUGGGGUGAUGCUGUGAAAUGGGGUGAUGAUUUUAAGGUUAAUUCUUCUGAGGAAUGUUGUAGGGCUUGUAAGGAUUCGUGUCGUGGUGAUGGUCGUGGUUGUUUGUGUAAUUCUUGGGUUUGGUGUGGUGAUAGAAAUGCUUGUGGACCUAGAUUUGGUGAGUGUUGGUUAAAAAGACAAAAAGAUGCUUUAAACCCUGAUCGAUUUGGCUCGGGAGAUAGAGUUAUGUGGACUUCUGGAUUUGUCUUUGAUAAGGGCGAGGGAAUUGUUGGUUUGGAAACUGACUACGGGAUUCUUCGCAUACAACUUUUGCCACACUGUGCUCCACAUUCUGUUUCCUACAUUCUUGAACUGUUGGCAUUGCCAAAUUGUGUUGGUUGCCAUAUUUAUCGCGCUGAAACCCGGGGAAUUCUUUGGGAUGAAGCGGGAAACCACAUAAAAAAGGCUACAUUUGGACCACCAUUUGCAUUAGUUCAAGGAACAUUGGAAUCCCAUGGGUUUGAAUUCAAGGAUAUUCCAAAAGAACACUGUCCUGCCAUAAAAAGAGGAUCUGUGGCAUGGGUUGGUUCUGGUCCAGAUUUCUUCAUCAGCCUUGCAAAUCACAAGGAAUGGAGAGAUUCAUACACUGUCUUUGGCUAUGUUCUAUCAGAAGAUAUGGAAAUUUUAGAGAAAAUUUCUCAUCUUCGAACUAGAUCAGAGAUUUGGAGUAACAUUGCUGUCUCUCUCUUAAAAAAGCCGAUUUUCUUACGGUUCCGAAGAAUAAGCACAUGAGCCAUGAGGUGCCGAAUCUGUUAGAUUGUUCCGUUCAUUAUCUCAAAAAAAAAAAAA